AACUCGAAUUCUGCGAACACCCCGACAUCACCUCACCCCACCACGACCUCCUUCCUUGAAGUUGAAGCCGUCAGCACAGCACCCAAACGUCGCCUCUCCCGACUCCGGCGCAUCCAUUCCGUCGCUGCCGGAGGCGUGCUCGAUCCGGCCAUGGACGACUCUGUGCUUUUCCAUGACCUCGGUCCCUCCAAGCCCCCAUCGGCCUCUUUCUAUGACGAGAUGUUCGACUCCUACUUCAACCGCGCGGCCGAGGCCCCCAAGCCCUCGCCUAAGGCUUCUUCCUCGCCGUCAACGCCGCCGCCCGUGUUCGACAAGCCGGUCUUCGACGACGAUCCUGACACGGCCGAUCCAUUCGACGCGAUCCCCUUGUUUGGUGGCGGCGGUGGCGGGGAAGGGGAGGACUUCCUCGGUAGCGUCGGGAGUGCGGCAAAGCCGGAGAGGAGGGAGUCGGAGGCGGUGGGUUUUGAUGAAGACUUGCUCCCUGGGUUGGGUGGGAGCACCAAUUCGACGGAGGAGCCGGCCAGGGAGGUGGAGCGGGACCGUCAGCAGGUGGGGUUCGACGACGAUUCGAUCCCUGGAUUCGAUGGGAACAUGAAGCCAGCGCCGCAAAUGGAGCCUGAGACAGUGGCGUUUGAUGAUGGUGUGAUCCCUGACUUUGGUGGAGGCACGAGCCAUCCCUAUUCGGCAAGGGAGGAACCUAUAAUAAGGCAAGAAAGUGAAUCAAUUCCAUCCAGCAAAAUGAGUGUGAGCAUGCCAGAAGAUCCUUUCGUCAUUUUAGGUGGUACACACAAAUCGGGAUAUUCAUCUUUUGGAUUGUUUUCAGAUCUUUUGAAUAACAUCGGCAUGCCUGUGAAGGAAGGGAACACAAAGGUUGAUGCCCCUGAUAAUACCAGUGGGAUAUUUCAGGGGUCAGAUAUCUUUACUGACUUUCCAAAAGCCAUGCCACCCUUUUCAUUUACAUCUGAAAACCAGAGUGAUACAAAUGAAAGGAGACAUGCUGAAAACAUAAAUAGCAUGAGUCACUCCGAUCGAGUGCCUCAGGAGAAGCCAGUCCAACGAGCUUCAACAGAAGCACCUGACAAUAAAUUGUUUGAGAUGAACUUCCCUGAAGCAUCUGUUAUCCAUGAAGUACCUGUUACCACUGGUUUUCAGACAUUAAACCCAUUUGCUGAGGAAGACGAUUUGUUAGAGGCAAAUCAAUCUUCACAGAGGCCUAAUGAUGUGUGGGUAACUGUUUCUGAUAUUGCUCUAGUGACACUACCUACAAGUGCGCCGCCUCCUUCACGGCCUCCACCUCCACUUGCUGCUAAGAAACCACCUACUGAAUCUGUAACUAGUGAAGCAUAUGCUCAUCAUCAUAAUCAAGGCUGCCAUCACUCCGCAUGUUCAAACACUUCUAAAACAUCCCAAAUUGAUGAAUUGGAAGAUUUUUUCAUGGCAAAGCCUGCUAAUUUUGCCAGUGGUCAUCCACAAGUUCGAAAGCAUGAAGGAAAUGGGCAUUAUCCAUCUGCAGCUACUGCAAGUUUCAUGGACUGGACUGAGAUGGGACACUCUAAAGGGGGAAACCAAGGGGCAUUUGAUUCUAUGUUCACUAGCAAUCAGUAUAGACAGCCAGAAAUAGAUGAGAAAGCAGAGGCAUGUGCUCAUGAAAUGGAAACUACAGAUGAAGAAGAGAGAUUAGAGAAUGAACGAAUACAAAGAGAACAUAAAGAGGAGCAAAGAAGAGCAGAAAGGGAGAGGGAAGAACAGCUUGAGAGGGAAAGGGAAAAGGUGAGACAAAGGGAACAAGAGGAGCAAAGGAGGCGUGAAAGAGAGAGAGAGGCCAGACAAGCUGUAGAUAAGGCUGUACGGGAGGCACGUGAAAGAGCAGCUGCUGAAGCACGCAUUCAAGCUGAGAAGGAGGCUCGUCAAAGAGCAGAGCGAGCUGCAGUAUGGAAAGCAGCAACAGAAGCUCGUGAGAGAGCUGCAAUCGAAGCAAGGGAAAGAGCUGCAAAGGCUGCUGCAGAAGCUAAGGAAAGAGAAGCAGCAGAGGCUAGAGAAAGGGUUGCAGCAGAAUCAAGGGAAAGGGAUGCCAAAGUUGCUGCAGAAGCAAGGGAAAGAGCUGCCAGGGCUGCUGCUGAAGCUAGAGCAAAGGAAGCAGCAGAAUUUCAGGAGAGAGCUGCUGCAGAAGCUCGGGCAAAAGCUGAGCGAGCUGCUGUUGAGAAAGCUGCAGCAGAAGCACGAAGGAGGGCUGAAAGAGCAGCUUUCGAGAGGGUUGCUGCUGAAGCUCGGCAAAGGGCUGCUAAUGAAGCUAGAGAAAGGGCUGCAGCUGAAGCACGGGCAAGAGAAAAUCAGCAAAGGAGAGCAACAGCAGAACCUGAUCUUGAAUCAUUCUUUGGCAUGCCUUCUAGAUCAAGCAGUGUACCGAGAUCAUACAACAACACAACAACGAAUCCUUUCGAUGUUCAACCUCAUGGCAAUGCUGAUUCUGGUGGUGUAAGGAGGACAUCUUCCGGUUCAGCUUCCUUUACUCAGCCUUCGUCAAGCAAUCUUAUGGAUGGCCUAUCUUCUAUAUUUGGAGCACCUUCAUCAUCUGCUGUAUUUCAAGAAGUGGAUGGAGAGAGUGAAGAGAGAAGGAAGGCAAGACUGGAACGACACCAAAGAACAAUGGAGCGUGCGGCAAAAGCUCUUGCUGAGAAGAAUGAGCGUGACUUGCAAGCUCAGUGGGAGCAGGAAGAGCGACAUAGAAUUGGUGAAUCGCUUGAUUUUGAGAUAAAGAGGUGGGCUGCUGGCAAAGAAGGCAACCUACGGGCCUUGCUAUCAACAUUACAAUAUAUUCUUUGGCCUGAAUGUGGUUGGCGACCUAUAUCAUUGACUGAUCUGAUUACAGCAGCAUCUGUCAAGAAAGAAUACAGGAAAGCAACAUUGUGCAUCCAUCCUGAUAAAGUGCAGCAGAAGGGGGCAAAUCUUCAACAGAAAUACAUUGCAGAAAAGGUAUUCGACCUUCUGAAGGAAGCCUGGAACAAAUUCAACUCAGAAGAACUCUUCUAACAUCUUGUUUAGGAAACAUGUUGAUCAUUUAUAUAUUGCAAAACAAGUAUUGGGAAGGACAGAGAGGCAAGCUAUGGUAGAUAAUUUUGUUCUUUUCUUUUCUAUUAUAUAUAGUUUUGUCGUGUCUUAUUUCCUUGUUACCGAUUUCUUGCUCGCUUUAUUUGUGUACCCUUAUUUUUGUCAUGUAACUUUGUAUAUGUUGUUCCGUGGGUAGUGUAAGUAAACCUGUACUUGUAGAGAAACAAUCCUGUAAAUAGUGACGCAAGCGGAAAAUUUCAUUUUUGACAAUAGCAUUUACCCUUGACUUCCUUGGGUAAAUGUAUAUAUAUCCAUUCUGAUUUCUGUAGCAA